CUAAGACUAUAUAAGGACGAGAACCGAGAGGAGACACAGAAGAUACGAGUGGAGUGACUACAUCUGAGGAAACUGCACCAAAUCCGUGUCAGAUGGCCAACCCUCUGAGGUCCUGGGUGAUGCUGGGGGCGCUCGUCGUGUGCGUCCUUGUGUGUUGGAGCAGUUUGGCAGAUGCGUACCCUCCCAAACCACAGGCACCCGGGAAAAACGCCACGAAGGAGGACUGGGAGAAGUACCGGUUAGACCUCACACGUUACGUCAACCUGAUCACCAGACAGAGGUAUGGAAAGAGGGCGACCGUUGAACAGGUGCUGGGACGACUGCUGUACGGGGCUGAUUCAAGUCAAGACACUGAACCACGCAGUGUGGAUUACAGUGAUGAGUGGAACACGUCCCCCGGAUUCCCAUAAACAACUGGAAAACACUUAAGAGGAAACAACCUGCACAGAACUUUGUGAUUCUUUAUUUUUUAACUAAUUAUGUAAUGUGCAUGCAAAUUCCUCUCUGUGUCAUUUUGUCUUCGGUCGAACAUGUAAAUAAUUUAUACCAAAACUAGACAGCAGUCAGAGGGCAAACCUCCGCCAAGGGAGGUGAACUCCCUGUAAUAACAUAAAUCAUCCACUGAGACCUUUGACACUACAAUGUAUAUAUGUGAUGAACUAGAAUCAGAUCAGAUGACUCUUGACUAAGAUAUUAUUAACCCUCGAAGACC